UCCCUGCCUCCUUCCCUCCCUCUCCCGCUGCCUCUCCGUGUUUGCGUUUGACAAAGAAAUGAUUUGAACUUCCCGGAGCCGCAGAAAAUCGGGAUCCCGAGGCGCAGCCGGGCCCAUAUGGAUGUGAUUUUCCCGGCUGUCUCGCAGAUGAUCCAGCGGCACCGGGAGCCGCGGAGCUGAGCGGCUCCGCUGCCUCUUCCCAUGGGCUCCGCCGCGGAAUUUUGGGAGCUGCCCGCCACUCCAGCCAUGAGAAAACGAGGAAAAGCCCCGGGAUCUCUCGUCAUGUGCCUCUCCGGCUGAAAACCGGGGCAGCGCAACCAACAAAUCCCGCGGAUCCCGCAGGGACGGGAGGGAGGGAGGGAGGAGGACAAGGAGAAACCCGCGCCGCUGGAAUUCCGAGCUCCCGCUUCCCUGCGCGAGGCUGGAUGCUGGAAUCAGCCCCUUGGAUAUGGGAUCAUAUCUGGUGUAUCCCAGCCUGGGUUUGAUCCUCUGCUGCUCCGUGCUCAGCUCCGUCUACGCGCUGGUGGAUGCCGACGAUGUCAUCACCAAGGAGGAGCAGAUCUUCCUCCUGCUGAAGGCCAAGGCCAAGUGCGAGCGCCACCUGAAAGCCAAGGUGCCCAAGGUGCACGGAUUCCGUGUCUCCUCUCUCUCCUCAGGCCACGCUUAUCGCCGGUGUGACCUGAACGGGAGCUGGGAGCUGGUCCCGGGCAACAACCGCACCUGGGCCAACUACAGCGAGUGCGCCAAGUUCCUCACCAACGAGACGAGGGAAAGGGAGGUCUUUGAUCGCCUCUAUUUGAUUUAUACUGUUGGAUACUCCAUCUCCCUGGGAUCCCUCACAGUUGCUGUCCUUAUCCUGGGAUACUUCAGACGUUUGCACUGCACUAGGAACUACAUCCACAUGCACCUGUUUGUGUCCUUCAUGCUGAGAGCCGUCAGCAUCUUCGUGAAGGACGCGGUCCUGUACUCCGGGUCAGCCCUGGAGGAGAUGGAGCGGAUCUCCGAGGAAGACUUGAAAUCCAUCACGGAAGCACCUCCAGCGGAUAAAUCGCAGUUUGUGGGCUGUAAAGUAGCUGUCACCUUCUUCCUCUACUUCCUGGCAACCAAUUACUACUGGAUCCUGGUGGAAGGGCUCUAUCUCCACAGCCUCAUCUUCAUGGCAUUUUUCUCAGAGAAGAAAUAUCUUUGGGGAUUCACGUUAUUUGGCUGGGGACUCCCUGCUGUGUUUGUCACAGUGUGGGCCAGCGUCAGAGCCACCCUGGCCGACACAGAGUGUUGGGACUUGAGUGCUGGCAAUUUAAAGUGGAUUAUUCAGGUGCCCAUCCUGGCAGCUAUCGUGGUAAAUUUUAUUCUCUUUAUCAAUAUUAUCAGAGUCCUCGCAACCAAGCUCCGAGAGACAAAUGCAGGGAGGUGCGACUCGAGACAACAGUACAGGAAGCUGCUGAAAUCUACCCUCGUCCUUAUGCCUCUGUUUGGCGUUCACUAUAUUGUUUUCAUGGCUAUGCCAUACACAGACGUGUCAGGGAUUCUUUGGCAAGUUCAAAUGCACUAUGAAAUGCUGUUCAACUCUUUCCAGGGAUUUUUUGUUGCCAUCAUAUACUGUUUUUGCAACGGGGAGGUCCAAGCAGAAAUAAAGAAGUCAUGGAGCAGGUGGACUUUAGCACUUGACUUUAAAAGGAAAGCCCGGAGUGGGAGCACAACCUACAGUUAUGGACCAAUGGUUUCCCACACCAGCAUCACAAACGUAGCCACCAGAGGGGCCCUCGCCCUCCACCUCAACACCAGACUUAUCCCAGGGACCCUCAACGGCCACCGGAAUUUGCCAGGUUAUGUGAAAAACGGCUCCAUUUCCGAGAAUUCCAUGCCUUCCUCCGGCCCAGAGCAGUACAACAAAGAUGAGGAAUACCUGAACGGCUCCGGGCUUUACGACGGAGACAGACCCACGGUCCUCGUGGAAGAGGAGAGAGAGACAGUGAUGUAAAGACGGGAGGAGGGGGAAAAAAUAAUUCAGCCAAAGGAUGAAAAAGGUUCCUGGAGUGGAGCAUUUAGUGGGAAAAGACCAUCAGGCCACGCAGCGGAUUCCAAGGGUUUCCAUGCAGUUUCUCCGUUCUGUGGAAUGAGAGAUUAAGUUAUUUGGGGGGAAAAAAAAAAA